AUGGGCAGGAAGACUUCCGAAGCUGAAUCCGGCUCCGAUAUGGAGGAUGGCGGCGCCAAGCUCAAUGCACCUACGCAGGCUAAUGUUGUGAAGUCAACCGACGCCAUGGAUGUAGACGUCCCCCCAACCCCGGCUGAGAAGAGAGAGGCAGCGGGCGCUGCACGAGCCGAACGCGCUGCGCGUAGGAAACAGAGACGCGAGGAACUCGCAGCGCAAGGGUUCUCACAUAUCCCCUCGCUUGCUAGCACACCGAACCCUGAAUCCGAACCUGCGUCACCCACAAAGAACAGCCAGGAGAAAAAGUCAAGAAGAAAGAAGACGGAGAAGAAGACCCCCAAGAAGGCGGGCAAUAUCGAGGAGACGGACGAGAAGCCUGAAGAAAAUGUCCCAGAAGCUUCAGCAGCAGAGACAGAGACCCUCAGCGAGCCCACCUCUUCGGCCGCGGCACCCACGACCGACGCCGAGCCGUGUCCCUUCGUGAUCGACGUAAAACCCACCAAGUUUGAGGCCAAAAGCACAUCCAUGACGGGCUACACCACAUCGAACGCACCCAGCUCGGUCAGUGGGGCCGACUCGCAACACCAGGGCCUCAACCGCGCGGCGCGGCGGCGGUUGAUGCAGAUUGAGAAUCGGCGGGUGGCUAUCAAGAAGGAGCUCGGCAUCGCGGUCGACUCGGACGACCGCCAGGCCGAGGUGGAAGCCCUCCUGUCGGCGUGGACGGCACAAUUCGAUGAGAGGGCCGAGGCGCGCGCGGCCAAGAAGGUGGCUAAGAAACAUUCGGCUCGGUCCAAUGCAAAGGGUAAGCUUCUUAAAGGACACAGCACCAACAAUUACGAGAAGCAGAAGCAGAUAAAGAAGCAGAAACUCAAAAACGCCCUGAGAGCCCGGCAGGAAGGCAGCUAG